UGAAGACGUCCAGUGUGUUUUGAACCAUGGCAGAUGUGCCUUCCUCAAGGAAAAUGAAGAAAAUUGAGGAAGAAGAGAAAGAUGCUGAUGAACAUACACAAUCUUAUUUGGAAGAAGCAAGCAUGGUGCAAAAGGAUUUGGAAAAUGUUGCAAAGUGUAUGAUGAACAAAAUAUUAACAGUAGUACAAGAAUUUGAUGGUCUUAAAAGGCCAUUGUAUAACAAAAGGCAUAGUGCUCUUAGUUCAGUACCUCAUUUUUGGGCAAUAGCAUUUAUGAACCACCCAAAGUUGAAGUUACUUGUGGAUACCUCAGUUGAGGAUUGCUUCAACUACUUAUCAUAUGUUCAAGUUUUAGAUAAUGAGAAUUUAAGGACUGGAUAUCAAGUGGUGUUUGCAUUUCAUUCUAAUCCCUACUUUUAUAACACUGAAUUAAUAAAACAUAAUUCCUAUGAUAAUGGUGUUGUAUCAUCAAGGAAUACAAACAUUGAAUGGAAAGAAAAUAUGAAUUUAAGUACAGACAGAAAAAGGAAUGGGAAAAAAAGAAGUCCACCAGUAGAGAAUUUCUUUGACUGGCUACAAAGUUGUAACAGCAACAAACAUGACAUUGUAUGUGAUAUUAUAAAGGAUGACCUUUGGGCAGAUCCAUUGAAGUACUUCUUUCUGCCUGAUGAUAACUGUGAGGAUAAUUCAGAAUCAGAGAGUGAGGAUGAUGAUUAUGAUGACCUGCUGGAUAGUAACGAUGAAGAGAGCCAUGAUGAGGAGACAACAGAGAGUGAAGACAAUAGAAAACAAAAUAAUGUAGAUUAAAUAUAUUUAUUUAAAUAUGAUUUUA